AUGAUAUCGUUCUCGUCUUCGAAGAGAAAAAAGGCGCAUGUAUUUCUGGAUGAACGGACCGACGUCAUACCGUCCUUUUGCCAGUCUCAGAACCACCGGCGAUGGGCGAUACACCCGUGCUACUGGAGGGGUGGUGAGUAUACGAAUGCACCAUGGUGCAUCGUAACAGGGCGACCCUCCCUGCAGGGCGUACCCGUCCACCACACGAGGUUAUCGUCCCUCGUGCAUUCUGCCAGAUCUGCAUUGGUGUGA